AUGCGCGGCAUUGAGCACUGGCAAUUGUACAGUGCGCUCAAGUUCGUUGAACUGGUCCAAGACCUGUUUCCUCCGGGAGUCAUUCAAGCUCUGACCGGGGACGAUCGCUUGGGUCCUCAGAUGUGUCAACAUGCCGGAAUUCAAAAGAUCAGCUUCACAGGAUCCAUCAAGACCGGAAAGGCCAUUAUGACUGCAGCUGCACCUACAUUGAAAAGAUUGACACUGGAGCUAGGAGGUAAUGGUGCCUCGAUUAUUUGUCCUGACGUCGAUAUAUCUAAGACCGCUGUGCAAGUUGCGAUCGGAUCGUUCACCAACUCGGGACAGUACUGUCUCGCGAGCGAGCGGAUUGCUGAUGAAAAUAAGGAUGGCAACGGCAUAUCACUAGGCCCUGUGCAGAAUGCAAUGCAGUAUGGAAUUGUGAGAGGCUUCAUUCAGGAUUGUCGAGACAAAGGAUACAAUUUUGCUCUCGGCAGUGACACAGGGUCGGAGUCCAGUUUCAUGCUGAAACCGACAGUGGUGGACAAUCCUCCCGACGACUCAAUCAUCGUCAAGGAAGAGCCAGUUUGGUACAUCCUCGCCCUUCCCGACCCUUUUGACAAUUAG